GUGACUGGAGGUUGAAGGAAAUGAGACAACCUUUUCCUCCUGCAGACGCCGGUGUGUGCGGGGCCCGGUGGAGCCCGGGCCGGGAGGAAGGAGAAGGGAAGGCGGCGGCCGGGCUGGGCAGACCGAGCUCGGGAGGGCCCGGCUGAGGGAGACCUUGGGGGGGCUUCUCGCCCUGCUUCCUCGACUCGGCUACGGCCGCGAACCCCGGGCGCCGCCGCCUCAGCUGCUUUGUCCCGCGUCUGCCGGGCUCCCGAGGCCCCCGCCGCCAGCCCGGACCCGCCAAAGUCCGGAGAUUCCGGGCCCGGGGCAGUCCCGCAGUCCCGCCGCGGCCCGGGCGGCCAGAUCCAAGGCGCCAGCACGGGCUCGCUCCCCCUGACCUCCCCUCGCUCCUGGGCGGCCCCAUGGCUCGGCCCGCUCCAUCCCCUGGGGAGAAACGUCUCUGGCUGCUUCCUCAUCCCUGACCCGGGACCCCCGCCCAGCCGCAGACCGUGGGCCGAAGAGAAGUGGGCGUUGGGCGCCCGCGGAUGCCCGAGACUUCCAGGGCCGGUGUGAGCGGCCGACAGCCCAGCAUGGAGCCCGGCGUCCGGGGCGCCGGGCAGAUGGCCUUCCUCAGCAAUCUGCUGGCGGCUUACUCCUUCGUCAGCGAGCACCCUGAGCGCGCGGCCCUGUGCUUCGUGUCCGGCGUGUGCGUGGGGCUCCUGCUCACGCUGGCCGCCUUGGUGCUGACCGUGUCCUGCCGCGCGGACUGCCGGCCGCGGCGCGGGAAGAAGGGCGCGGGCCGCGGGGGCAGCGGCGACCUCAGCGCCAGCGACAGCGAGGACAGCGGGGACAGCGGGGACAGCGGCGACGGCUGCUCCUCGGCCGGCUCCGUGCGCAGGCCCUGGCUCUUCGAGCGGCCGCCCCACAGGAACGUGUUCACGUCGGCCGAGGAGCUGGAGCGGGCUCAGCGGCUGGAGGAGAGGGAGCGCAUCAUCCGCGAGAUCUGGCUGAACGGGCAGCCCGACGGCCCCGGCCCGGCCACCCGCAGCCUGAACCGCUACUACUGAGGGGGGCGCGGGGAGAGCCGGCGGACCGCGGGCGUGGGGGGAGGGGCCGGGAGACCGGCCUGCCCGCGGGCCUCUGUCCCAGGUGCUAGGCGGCCCGCCUCUGCUCCGGCCGGGGAGCGGACCUCGGCCGUCAGCCUCUCCUUCGGAGGCGGCCCCUAGGCAGAGGGCGGGAGAAGGGGCUCAUGGCUCUGCCCCCCAUUCUCUCUCCUCCUCCGGGCCCCCUCUUCAGGGUACAGUGGGUGAGCGGGCCUGGCUCCAGCCCCUCCCCCUUCGCUCCCCACUCCAGCCUCUGCUCUUCUGCCCAGGCGGGUGAUGGCUGCCCUCUGAGAUGGACAUCACCCGGCCCUUGGGCCCGGAGCCCCCCGGGGGCUCUGCCAUGAAGAGAUGCCGGGAAUGGUGCCGGGGACCCCCCUAGGAAGACUUCUUUCUCAGGACCAGAGAUUCCCCCUCCCCCAGUCCCGGUACUCCCUCGACUUUGGGACUUCGGCCUCAGGUCUGGAGGCCUCCAGUGCUGGCUCUUUUCUCACUUCUCCUGAAGGCUUUCAAUGGUCAUUGAAUGUUAACCUCAAAGAGCAAAAUCCCAAGUUCUGGUUUAAAUAUAAGUUAGAGUGUGUGUGUGUGUGUGUGUGUG